CAGCCCCGGAUGCCCGCCAGACUCCGGGCGCCGCCGGGGCCCCCGCCUGACCUGCCGCCCUGCGCGCGCCCGGGGGGACUCGGGGCGAGCCGUCGGGGGUCCCCAGGGCCCAUGCAGUGCCGGCUCCUGCGGGGCCUGGCCGGAGCCCUGGUCACGCUGCUGGGCAUGGCACUCCUCUCCCUGCGCUACCGCGGGCGCCUGACCCCGCCGGGCGCGCCGGAGCCCCCCGAGACGCCCGCGCCCAGCGCCCGCCCCGCCCGGCUGCAGCCGCAGGACGUGUUCAUCGCCGUGAAGACCACCCGGGCUUUCCACCGCUCGCGCCUGGACCUGCUGCUGGACACGUGGGUCUCCAGGACCCGGGAACAGACGUUCGUCUUCACUGACGGCGCGGACGCAGGCCUGCAGAAGAGACUGGGGUCCCACCUCGUGGUCACCAACUGCUCCGCGGAGCACAGCCACCCCGCGCUGUCCUGCAAGAUGGCCGCGGAGUUUGACGCCUUCCUGGCCAGCGGGCGGAGGUGGUUCUGCCACGUGGACGACGACAACUACGUGAACCCGCGCGCGCUGCUAAAGCUGCUGAGAGCCUUUCCCUUGGCUCACGACGUCUACGUCGGCCGGCCCAGCCUGAACCGGCCCAUCCACGCCUCCGAGCCGCAGCCCCACAACCAAACGAGGCUGGUUCAGUUCUGGUUUGCUACGGGGGGCGCCGGCUUCUGCAUCAACCGCAAACUGGCGCUGAAGAUGGUCCCAUGGGCCAGUGGCCCCCACUUCACAGAGACCUCGGCGCUCAUCCGCCUGCCAGACGACUGCACGGUGGGCUACAUCAUCGAAUGCAAGCUGGGGGGCCGCCUGCGGCCCAGCCCCCUCUUCCAUUCCCACCUGGAGACCCUCCAGCUCCUGGGGGCCGCCCAGCUCUCCGAGCAGGUCACCCUCAGCUACGGCACCUUUGAGGGGAAGCUGAACGUCAUCAAGCUCCAGGGCCCCUUCUCGCAAGAGGAGGACCCCUCCAGGUUCCGCUCCCUGCACUGCCUCCUCUUCCCGGACACGCCCUGGUGCCCACAGCUGGCGGCCUGGUGACCGCAGACAGGGGCUGGCUGAGGCCGCCACGCGGCUGAACCAGGAGAGUUGGUGGCCCUUCAGCGGCGCUCGGACUUGGGACUCUAGUCCCCCGAGAUCACGGGGUUCCUGAGUGUGCUGUGGCCUCUGUCCCGGUUUUUGGUCCUUCUCCUGGGUCCCCUCACUGCGGCCUUCCCCGGCUGGACCCCCGACCCCCUGAGGGAGCCCAGGUUGGAGUAACAGCUCGAGCCGGGGGUCUAUGGGAGACCCCGCCGGUCUUCAGUGCCCCCCCACUGUGACCCUUGCUGUCUGGACUUGGGGUGUCACUCAGCACCCCGAGGCCCAGAUAGUAGAUUCUAAUUCCUCACCGCCGACUGCCGUGAGCCUUUUGCCCACGUCUCCAGCUCCUUCCUGGCUGCUCAGGGUUGCCAGAUGGUCCCCACGAGUGAGAAACUUGCCCAGUCGGCAGUGACACUGUGCAGGGAGGCCCCGCAGGUCCCUACCCCGGCAUCCUGUGGUGGA